AUUUCUUCAAUCUGGUUAACCUGCUCAAAUUCGUUGCCUCAUUCACUCUCUUCAACUAUAUAUCCUCUUCCAAUCUUUCUUCCAUUCACUUUCCUAGGGGUACGUUUAUCGAUCGCUAGCUGUAUAUCAUGGCCUAUACUCGGAUUCCGCUAUGUUUUCAGUGUCACACGUCUAACCGGUGCGGGUGCAAGGUGUUGGGUCCCACGGUAGGGUUCGUGGCGUUCGUGGUGACCGCGGUGGUAGAGUGGCCGGUGGGGGCGGUGGUGUGGUUGUUCCGCCACAGCAAGGGGCGGCGUAUCAUGGCGAACCCCAGCCACGUGGUUUACCCUAAGGUGGCAAGGGCCUUUCCCAUUUGAUGUGUGUUUUCUUAAUUUUAAUGGAUGUGAGUGAGCGAGGGUACUUUAGUGCUUAAUUUUGCUCUCUUGAGAGAUCUAGCAGCACGUACUUGUUUUAUGUUUGUUGUUUAAUUCCAAGUUUUCUUAUACAUAUGUAUAUAAUAAAGAAGCAACCCUUAUGCGGGCUGAUGUGUUCAAAGA